CCUCUCUUUCUCGCUCCUCUGGUCUCUCAGUUUCUCUCUCUAAAAACUCAAAGAAAGCCAAAACCAGAGAAGACCUAAAUUAAAGUCUCUUCUUUUUCUCUGUGAAAUAGUAGUACGAACUGGUAUCUGUUCGGAAACCCUAAUUUAUUUUUUCUUUUCGCGUCAGAAAAACCCUGAAAAGGCUGCCCCCUACAUUCAAAGCUUCUGCUUUAAUGGCGGUUUUGGCAAUACUACAAGUCGUAGUGGCGUAUUUCUGAGAAAAUAGAAAAAGGGUUCUCUCUUUCCAGCUAAUUCUUUUCUGCCGAGCCUAAGAAUUUUUUCCUUUGAUUUUUCUGGUAUCUGAUUCUGUUGUAAAUCGAAUUCAACCCAUAUAUAUUUGUUUUAAGGAACAGUUAAAAAAAUCCGAUUCUCUUUGCUUUUUAUCGCUAUUGACCGCCGGUUUAUACAAAUAUAUAUACACACUGGAAGAGGUGGCAGUAGAACUGGAGGGGUUUCAGGUUUUUGGGGCAUCUUCUCUAAGAUGUUAGAGCUUGGUUUUGGCCGUGAUUCAGACGGUGAUCAGCUUAGUUUGGAGACUGCCAAUUCAAGCCAAAGCUCAAUGAGCAGCGAUAGCUGUAGUAGUUACAGUAGACAUUCAUUCGACGGCGCCGCAACGGCGGCGCCCAUCGAGCUCUCGACAUCGACAUCGACAUCGCUGGAAGAAAACAUCAACAAUAUCUCGUUAAAGCCACACAGAUCGUCAGAUUUCGCUUACUCUGCCAUCCGUUCCGCCACGUUCGGCCGGAAAUCCGGCCUCACGUUCAGCGAUUUCAACGUCCUCCGAAAAAUAGGUGCUGGCGAUAUCGGCACCGUCUAUCUGUGCAGACUGAAAAACUCCGAAGCGGAAACCGACGACAAUCGUAAUUCUGAUCCUUGCUUCUACGCCAUGAAAGUUGUCGACAAAGAAGUUCUGGCGGUAAAGAAGAAGGUUCACAGAGCGGAAAUGGAGAGAAAGAUCUUGAAGAUGCUUGACCAUCCAUUUCUUCCAACUCUCUACGCCGAGUUCGAAGCUUCACAUUUCUCGUGCAUAGUAAUGGAGUAUUGCUCCGGUGGUGACUUGCAUUCUCUUCGGCACAAGCAACCUCGCAAACGAUUUUCGCUCAACUCCGCCAGGUUUUACGCAGCUGAAGUUCUGGUAGCCCUAGAGUAUCUUCACAUGUUGGGAAUCAUCUACCGAGACUUAAAACCAGAGAACGUACUCGUCAGAUCGGACGGUCACAUUAUGCUCUCCGACUUCGACCUCUCUCUUUGCUCCGACGCAGUCCCAGCCGUUGAAUCACCGGACUCUUCACCACCCUACGUCCCGUCCCCAUCGACACCAUCCUACUCCCGCUCACACACGAGCAGCGCCGCUACUUCGACGUCAACCCUGUCGCCGUUCGCAUGCUUCUCCAACCGGUUGUUCCGGUCGCGCCGUGUCCAGACGCUCACGGCGGCGAACCGGCUCUUCGUGGCCGAGCCAGUGACAGCUAGGUCGUGCUCUUUCGUCGGUACCCACGAGUACGUUUCUCCUGAAGUGGCUUCCGGUAGGUCCCACGGCAACGCCGUGGACUGGUGGGCCUACGGUGUCUUCAUCUACGAAAUGAUCUACGGCCGUACGCCGUUCGCGGCUCAAUCGAACGAGAGCACGCUCCUAAACAUAGUCAAGACGCCACUCGCGUUCCCCACCCCCACGCCUUCGGGCGCGCUUGAGCUUCACGCGAGGGACUUGAUAUCCGGGUUACUGGACAAGGACCCGACCCGGCGUCUCGGGGCGAAGCGCGGCGCUGCCGAGGUUAAGAAGCACGCGUUUUUCAAGGGUCUGAACUUGGCCUUGAUUAGGUGUUCGCCGCCGCCGGAGGUGCCGGGACUCAGGAGGCAGAAAACGACGCCGUUUGGUGCUCACGGAAGUAGUAAUAGUAACAAUAACAAUAACAGUAAGAUUAGGAGUUGUAGUAGACAAUCAUCGACGGCGUUCGAUUACUUCUGAGAUUUGAACGGCGAGAUUUGCGCCACGUGUCGAUUCAGCCCUGCCAGAUUUUGUCACUGGCAAAAUGACAGUUGUGUAUAUUCGAGCUGUCCCUUGGGUAUUGAUAUUUUGACGUAUAUUUACGUAAACAUAUCUCGGAAUGUGAAACGAAUUGAGAAAAAGAUAAAAGCUUCUUAACAUUUGUCAAUGUUUUUAUUUUUUGGUUUGGUCUGGUAGAGAGGGUCUUCAUGUUGUAAUGGGAUUAGAUAAUUUUAGAAGAAGAAAAUAAAGCUAAAAUAUUUCUGGGUA